CCGUCUCUCUGCCCUUGUGUGCUGUUUGUGUGCGUCUCCGUGCCCGCUCUCUGGAUACUAAACUGCAGCAUUACUGUAAAUUGUGAUAAUUGAUUUCAAUUUAUUCCAUGCCGUUGGCACCGUGUGUGCGCCGUAGUCGACGACGAUGUUUGAAUCAAAAGCAAAACUUCGCGCGCGUCGUGCAGUUGCGGACUCCACCACCACCGCAGCCGCCGCCGCAGGAACUGGAACGGAAUCGAGCAAGAUGCUGCUAUGCCGUGCCUGCCUGGUGCUGCUUCGACCCGAGGAUGUGUACUACGACCUGUGCAGCGAGCAGGGCUUGGCGACCAAAUACUUUUCUUGCACCGGUGGCGACCCGGACCUGCACAUACAGUUGAGGGAAGAGGAACACCUGAAGGACGAUGUGCCGCAGCAGCUGGUGCUGAAGAGCAUCUGUGAAUGCUGCUACCAGUUGGUGCAGAAAUUCCAUGACUUUCAACGCAUGUGCGAAGAGUCCUCCAGGAACUUUGAGAAGCUACUGGCUGUGGUCAACUCCCAGGAAACCGUCCACAAAUCCAUCCAGGAGCCAGAUGUAACCAACACCAGCUCUAGCCUGGCAGCAUACGAGACUCUGUCGGAGGGCGAGGAGGAGGUGGUUGCGGUUCAGGAAGUGAGAGCCACAGAAUCAAUCGAAGAAAUUGAGCAAGUCUACAUUGUUGAGGAUGAAACGGCAAAGAAGAACCUGGGCAGGGAGAAGAUACCCAUGUCGUCGCGGCAAAAUGUGCCCGGGCAACGCAAACAGGGACUGAGAUAUACACUUAACUGCAGCAAGUGCAAUCGCGGAUUCUACAAGAUCUCCUCACUCGAGGCACAUCUGAAGAAACACGAUGGGGUCAGUCCUCACACGUGCGUGCACUGCGGCAAGAGCUAUGCGCGUGCGAACCUACUCGAAGCACACCUGCGCGAGAAGCACUUGGGCUCCACUCAGAGCAUGACUUAUCCGUGUCCCAGGUGCGAUAAGGUCUACAGUGCCUCGCGCAGUCUCAACUAUCACUUCAAGCGGGAGCACAAAAGUCAGCAGAGGCAGGAGCUGCCAGCCGCCAUGCACAUGUGCGACAGGUGCGGCAAAGCGUAUGCGCGAAAGGCGAACCUUGUGCGCCAUCAGUGGGUGCACCGGAGUCUGGAUGAGCGGCAUCACGUGUGUCAGUUCUGCGGGCAGCGCUUCUACACGAAGCAAAACAUGGUGGAUCACCUGCAGCGACGUCACACCAGCAGCAAGAGUCUGUUGAGGUGCAAGAAAUGCGGACGCAUCUUUCGGUCUCGAGCGGUGCUGGCCGUGCACCUAAGCAAGCACGCAAGUGCCACCAUCGGUGGUGCGAGGCAGAAACGGAGACGAUCCUCGAUUGUUAGGGAAUAGUUAGCUAAUAUUUUGUUUUUGUUUUAU